AUGAUGACAAAAGCCAAUCUGUUUUUUUGCUUGCUAAUUUUAUUCUUGUUUGUGAUGAAGGCUUUCUCACAAUCCACUUCAUCAUCAUCAGCUAAUUCUUCCUCGGAAUCCGUCUCCCAUGAAACUAUUCAAGUCGAUUUAAAUGGUGAGAUGAAAGAACAGCACGUAUCUGGACCAUUCCAAUUUUCUGAACACGAUGAUGCUUGGAUGAGGAAAAGAUUGGAAGAUCGAUUUCUGAAAUAUGUACAAAUUGAUACACAAAGUGAUCCACUCAGUUCUACAGUUCCAAGUACUGAAAAGCAAAGAGUUUUGGCAAAUGUAUUGUUGGAAGAAUUGAAAUCAAUGAAAGGACUCAAAAACAUCGAUAUGGAUAAGUAUGGAAACGUCUAUGCUACAUUGCCAAAGAAUUUGAAAAGAGAUGUCCUGAGUGUUGGAUUUUUAGCUCAUAUGGACACAGCUACUGAAAUUAGUGGAUUCAAUGUCACUCCUCGUGUGCAUAGAAAUUAUAAAGAUGGUGAAAAUCUCAUGGUGGACAAUUUAAAGAUUGUGGAUUAUAAAAUUGAUGGAAAGGAACUUUCGAAAAUGGUUGGUCACGAUAUUGUCACAGCAAGUGGUGGCACAUUGUUAGGUGCUGAUGAUAAAGCAGGUGUUUCUGAAAUUAUGACUGCCAUUGAGUUUUUAACGGAACAUCCUUCGAUUGAGCACGGAGACAUUCAAAUCGGUUUCACCAUCGAUGAAGAAAUUGGAAAGGGACCUCAUUAUUUUGACAUUCCAAAAUUUUCAGCUGCAGUUGCCUUCACCGUCGAUGGAGGAGAGAAAGGCACUUAUAACGUUGAAUCAUUUAGUGCUGAUUUAGUAACUAUUGUGUUUACAGGAUUCAAUAUUCAUCCUGGAACUUCAUUUGGUAGAAUGAUCAACUCAAUGAAAGUAGCUGCUAAAUUUUUAGACCGAGUCAACCAAAAUAUGCCCUCUCCUGAUAUCAGCAAGGAUAGAGACGGCUUUGUACAUUGUCUAGACAUGAACGGAAAUGUUGAAAAAACCACCAUUAGGUGUAUUUUGAGAUCAUUUGAAGACUCUGAAUUGAAACAAUAUGCUGAAGGUAUUUCCAAAGUUAUUGACCAACUCAGAAGCGAACAUUCCAACGUGACCAUUGAAAUGAACGUCGUUCAACAAUAUAGAAAUAUGAAACAAGUCCUCGACAAGUAUCCAUUCAUGGAAUUGAGUAUCAUUGACGUUUACUCUGCUUUAAACAUGAAAGACAUUGUUUCAGUACCAGUACGGGGAGGUACAGACGGCUCUCAGUUGAGUUGGAUGGGUCUUCCAACAGCCAAUAUCUUUGCUGGAGGUCACAAUUUCCACAGUCAAUCUGAGUUUGUUUCACUCCACGACAUGGCCGAUUCUGUCAAAGUCAUUAUUUCACUCGCACAAACUCUUUCCAAUGUUCCACCUCUUCCCAUUAAGGGUCACUAA